AUGCAUUUACAAACCGUACUCGAUAACCUAAGCAACUGGUCUAACACCAACGGAUUGAAAUUCUCGGAAACUAAAACAAAAUGUAUUCUUUUCUCCAGAAAGUACAUACAAGAAAAACCUAUAUUAAUCUUGAAUGGUCAAAAUUUAGAGUUCGUAGAAUAUACAAAAUUUUUGGGCAUAACUUUUGAUAAAAAACUCACCUGGAAACAACAUAUUGACUACCUUAAGAAAGUCUGUCAAAAUGGUCUGAAUCUAUUGAAAACAAUUGCCAGCCAUAAAUGGGGCGCGGAUUCCACCUGUCUGAUAAAUCUAUAUAAGGCUCUUAUAAGAUCAAGGAUCGACUAUGGCUCCAUAGUUUAUGCAUCAUGCGAGAAAACACACCUCAAGGAACUUGACGUAUUAGAAAACACUGCACUAAGAAUCGCCACCGGCGCAUUUCGAACAACGCCGAUAGAGAGUCUCCACUGUCUAACUGGACAACCACCCCUUCGACUGCGAAGAAUUCAACUUAGCAUAACCUACGCAACAUCAGUAUUAUCAAAUAGAAAUAACCCAGUUAAUUACAACAUCAAAACAGACCGCUUUAAAAAUUUAUUCGGAAACAAACAAACAACGAUUCCCUUCUACGAAAGAAUUCGCCAAUACACAAACAUCUUGAGAAUUGAACUACCAGUUUUUUUUCCAAUCAAUAUAAAAACUCCUCCCCCUUGGAUAAUCCCUAUUCCUACCAUCAACGUUAAUUUGAGUUACUACAAAAAAGAGGAAACAAACCACCCCCUGAUAGUUCAAUCAUUUCACACCCUCGUUGAAGAAAACCUCAAAGAAUACCAUCUUAUGUACACUGACGCAUCCAAAACACCUAAUGGCAUAGGAGCAGCAGUUAUACUAGCAAACGAAAAUUUUGCAUUUAAGGUAUCUCCUCACAAUAGCGUCCACACUGGCGAACUUUAUGCCAUAUUUCAGGCAUUAACAAUCGCCAGUAGAUAUGAAUAUAAAAAAAUUGCAAUAAUUACUGAUUCUAUGAGCUCCAUCAACACCAUUAAACAACUCUUUCCCAAACACCCACUAGGUUCCCUCAUUAAAACCCAACUAUACCUCCUCCACCAAUCCAAAGCGUGCGUCCAAAUUAUCUGGGUCCCAUCGCACACCAAUAUCCCAGGAAACGAAAAAGCGGCUCAAUACGCCAGAGAAGCAGCAGAUAACAACAAAGCAACAAUUGUGCGCGAAGUGAUGGUCAGUGAUUUCAAAGCGGUAAUAAAAGCGAAAGCUCAGUGUAAGUGGCAAAGUGAGUGGAACAGGUCGCAGUCAAUAUUGAAAACCAUCAAACCAUACGUUAAACCAUGGAAAGGUAGCCCAAAAAGUCGCGCAGAUCAAAUAAAAAUCGAUCGCUUAAGGCUGGGUCACACUAAAGCAACACACUCCCAUCUAUUUAAUAGAGAAAACCCACCGAUAUGUGAAACUUGUAACUUGUAA